ACGGCGAGCACCAAAUAACACACACAUUAAGACGUUAGUCCUUUACAUCGCCCAUCAACUUCGUUCGGGACUAACAAAUCGCAGCGUGCAAAUACAUUCACCAUGGGUCACGCCGCAGGUCUCCGCGCUGGCACUCGCUAUGCCUUCUCUCGCGACUUCAAGAAGAGGGGUAUGAUCGCUCUGGGAACGUACCUCAAGCAGUACAAGGUUGGAGACAUCGUCGACGUUGUUGCAAACGGUGCUGUCCAGAAGGGCAUGCCCUACAAAGUCUACCACGGAAAGACCGGUGUCGUCUACAACGUUACCAAGUCCGCUGUCGGUGUCAUCCUCUACCGACAAGUCGGCAACCGCUACAUCGAGAAGCGCAUCAACGUCCGCAUCGAGCACGUCCGACACUCACGUUCGCGAGACGAGUUCUUGUCCCGUGUCAAGGAGAACGCCGCCAAGCAGCGCAAGGCCAAGGAGGAGGGUGUCCACGUCCACUUGAAGCGACAACCGGUCCAGCCCCGCGAGGCACGAACCAUCAGUGCAAAGGAGAACAAGCCAGAGAGCAUUGUCCCGAUACCAUACGAGACAACGAUCUAAGUGUGCUGGA